GGGGAAGAGAAAGACCCAGCACACCAUCACCCUCCGGACAGUCCUGCCGGGUCUGGACCAGCGGGCAGAUCAAGAAGCGCCCAGGCCCCGGCGUGCUCCGGCGCCCGAAGCGACUCGUGGCGCGGCGCAGUGACGUAGAGGGAGACGGAACUACCGAUCCCCGUGACAACUUCCCAGGACCGCCUAGGAAGGGCUGGCUGCACCGUAGGCGGACAGAAUUAAAGGACCUUGGAGUCUUGGAUGAGGAAGAAUUUGAACACUGUUCAGGUUUUCUUCUGCUUUUUUCAUGUGAAAUGGACUCAAAAAUCAAGGAAGAAAUCCCUGUGCAUGAGGAAUUCGUUUUGUGUGGUGGGAUUGAAACCCAGGUUCUAAAAUGCGGGCCCUGGACUGACCUGUUUAGUGAUCAAGGUGCCACUAGGCCUAAGGUGCUUAUUUUCAUUAUUACUGGUAACCCAGGUUUUACUACGUUUUAUUUGCCAUUUGCGAAGGCUCUGUACUCUUUGAUAAAUGGACGUUUUCCAGUUUGGAUUAUCAGUCAUGCUGGGCACUCCGUCACGCACAAAGACAAAAAGAUUCAUGCAGCCUUAGAUGAUUCAGAUACUCAAGAAAUUAAGGACAUCUAUGGACUCCGUGGUCAAAUAGAGCACAAACUAGCUUUCCUGAGAACUCAUGUGCCAAAGAAAAUAAAACUUGUGUUAAUUGGCCAUUCAGUUGGCUGCUAUAUUUGCCUUCAAAUGUUGAAAUAUGCUCCUGAGCUUCCAGUAAUCCGCUGCAUGAUGCUCUUUCCAACAAUUGAGCGAAUGUCACAGUCACCCAACGGCAGGAUUGCGACCCCAUUACUGUGCUGGUUUCGAUAUGCUCUCUAUGCUCUUAGCUACUUAUUAUUGAAACCGUUGCCUGAGAAAAUCAAGUACUUGCUAACUAGAGUGGUCUUUAAAGUGAAAAACAUACCGAAUGAGUAUUUGUGCAUGAAUUUAUUGAAUCCAUUCUGCCUUGCAAAUGCUGCCUACCUUGGGAGCCAAGAAAUGGUGCAAAUUGUGGAGAGAGACAAUGAAACCAUAAGGAAACAUUUAUCUAAGCUUACAUUUUACUACGGUACUAUAGAUCGUUGGUGUCCGAAAGAGUACUACGAAGACAUCAAGAAAGAUUUUCCAGAAGGAGAUAUCCGACUCUGUGAGAAAACGAUGCCUCACGCUUUUGUCGUCUCUCAUAUACAUAGCCAGGAAAUGGCUGAAAUGGCAGCUGCCUGGCUAAAGGAUGACCUCUCCAAAAUAUAAAUACUGAUAUGGGGGAACAAGAAUCUACAGCCAGUAUAUAGGAUCAGCAGAUUUACUAUACUUGGUAAAUAAAUGGUUAAUUUUGUUGUUUGAUAUUAGCAAAGAAAAGAUUGAGAACCUCUUGGCUUAAAAAAAUACCAAUUCCCCAUAUAGGCUGAAGUAAGCACAGUCGAUGAAUCAUUCCAUAGGCAUUUUCUAAGAUUCAGGGAAUAAUCAUUUCUAAACAAGGUGUCUCGUGUUUGCACAAGAUGCCCAGUGGUACCGUGUGGCUUAAUUUGGAAGGCAGAAUGCUUGCAGACAAAAAGAAAUACAAAUUUAGUUGAUUCUAACUGUAGAAUAGGCUCUUCUAGAGGAGAAAUUAUGAAAUACCUACUAGAAAAUGUAGAAGAGAUCAGUGAGUAUGGAUAAAUGGUUAGAUAUGUGAAGUGUUUGAGAUCACGAGAAAGUACACUCAUGCUGCAGGAAGUAUGAGCAGUGGAUCUUGACAGGAGACUGGGGUAUCCUUGAAGGACAAAAGCUGAAGGUCAGCCCAGACUAACUUUGCACAGGUCUUGGCUGAGGUCAUCACAAUCAGACUGAGUGCCAGAGCAACCUGUCAACCCCACCUGGGACUAUCUUGCAGCAUGUCACAAACACCAAGUCCACUUGUUUCCAGCCACCAGUGGCACAGGCCCACCAUUAGGGGAGGCACUGCUUGUCUCCGUAUCUGAGCAGCUUCCCUGAGGAGUAUGACUGCCUGAUAUACUUCCAUUAGACAGAAUACAGUUCGCCACACAGUAUCUGGUCACCUAGCCAGAUAAGAGUUGUUGAAGGAUCCCAACUCUUCCACCUGCCACAAGACAGGCAGCGGUCUCUGUGCUGAGCCUGUGCCUGCCAGGUAAUGAGCUCCCUGCAGGCCCCUCUCCUCCAGAGCCACGACAGCGAGCCAUGGGCCAUCUCAAGUCAAGCCUGUGCCUGCAGCAUGCGGUUGCCCAUUCUGUUAUUCUUUCAAUAAAAUUCUAUUGAGGACCAGCAAUUAGCCAAGUAGUAUGCUGGGCAUUGAGAAUAGAGUUCUUAGCUACGUUUUUUUUGUUUCUGAAAAUCUUGCCGUAAAUAAUUAUUGAAAGGGCACCUUUAAGUUGCUAAGUGGAGAAUUACCAUAAAUUAGUUCUGCACAUCUGCUUUUGUUUAUUAGGUAGAAAUAAAUUGUUUUACUAAGGAACUAAAAAAGCAAGCCAUUAAAUUAUGUGAAUUCACCUUCUCUGGAAACCUUGAAGUCUGGUAAAGAAUAAGCAUGUUCUUUUUUUCUGGCCUUAGAGUGGGCCGACAAUAUUGCUGUCUUCCCUAAACUGACUGAAUUCAGGUACUUUAGGAGCCACAUGCUAAGUCCCCCUGGCUGCAGUGACAGAUGACGGUCGAUCAGAAGCAUUUGGUUUUCUCCUGGAGGAAAUUUCUCAUGACAUAUUACUCCUUAAGGACAAUGGAAUGGUGUCGUUCCUCUCAAAACCUAAAGCUCCCCGAUGAAAGAUUCGGCUCUGAUAGGCUGCCAACCCAGUGCUGAGCACUGAUGACUGUCCUUUGGCCUGGCUUCUGCAUCUGAGCAAAUGACUUCUCAGAGGGGAAGAGCCAAGUUCCAGCAAGGAGUGCUCUUGGCCAGGGAGAAGCCAGUGGACGCAGAGGCCACAGGCACAGGACUACACACAAAGACCUUGUUGGCAUCUGCGUGAGGAAGCCUUUAGCAGAUCUGAUGCUGGAAGCUAGAACUCGUGUCUCUGAAGUGCCUUGCCUACAGGCCAUGCUCAGUAGUUUUAAAUUGAAUCAUUUAAACAGGUUCUGGGUAAAUCGUACCUACUGGAAUGAAGAGUAACAGUCUCAGCUUUUAGCCAUUAUUUUACUUCUCCAUAUUUCAAAUGCCCAGAUAUACAAAGUUGUCUUAGUUUUGUUUUUUUUGGAGCUUAAAGUAGAAGACACCAGUUCUUAUUUCUAUUUCUUGUUUAUCAUCUGAACACCAAAUGAAUUACAGAAAUGUUUUACUGGCACCUGUGUCCCCAUUCGGCCUGAUCUGUGUGUUGGGAGCGGGGAAGGUAAAAUCUGCGCAGUUCUCCUAAGUUACACUCAGGUCAGAGUCUCUCCGUAGAAGUGGAAAGCCACUUUCUCACAGCUUCUUUUAGAAAGGGAAGAAUCAGAUUUCAGGAGACUGAAGUUCAUUGUAUUUCAUUAGGAAUUAAACAAAAGACUAAAUUGAUAAACAGGGGAUGAAAUCCAUUUUCCAGAAGCAAUUCUGCCUGUCCAGUCAGCCACAGCGAUGGUCCUUGUCAAAGAUUUUCACUUCCUAGAGGGUUAUCGGGUGCUGACUAGAAAGCAGAAGUUGGCUCCAUGAUUAAGCGCCCUGGGUUGCGCAUCUAUCUGCUCUAGGCCAUUGGAAGAAUCUCCACUGUCAGCCCCUGGGGCUCUGUGGCCUGAUGUCUGAGGCUGCCAGGGCCCUCUCGGAAAGCCAGUGACUUUCAAAGGCUUUUUUUUUUUAAUGCUACACUUUAUUAAAACAAACAAUUCCAGAUUAAAACAGACACGACAACCAAGUAAAACACGUGAUUCUGGACUAGAUGUUUUUGCCAUGAAGACAUUGUUGGGACAAUUUGUGCAACUCAGAUGGGGUCUGAAGAUUAGAUAGAUGGGGUCUGAAGUAAGGUACCAGUGUUAAUUUCCUGAUUUUGUUGGUUGUAUUGUGCAUAAGUACUGAAGACACAAUAAAGUAUCCGGGGUGAUGGGGAAAACAUGUUGGCAAUUUCCUCUCAAAUGGUUCAGGGGGUAAAAAUGUUUCUUGUAUUUUGUUUGCAUCUUUUUUGUAUGUUUGAGAUUGUUUCAAAGUUUAUUAAAAUAAUUAACAACAAAACACCGUGUUGUCUCUCCUGUGUCUAUCUCUCUUGGCCUCUUUUCUAGAAAAUGAAUUUCUUCAAAGCAGCAAAUGGAGACCUGGGUUCAAAUCCCAGAUCUGUCAUUUACCAGGUUUGUCAUGUUGCGUAAGACAUAACCUCCCUGAGUGC